AUGGCCGACGCAGCUCCCACUCGGUCAAACCAGCCCCAGAAGAGGAAAUUCAAUGAGGGAAAGAGACAUUUCAAAAAGAACAAGAAGCAAAAGCAGACGACCGUCAAGGAGGGUUCCAACGAGGAAGUUUUGAUUGCCGAUGUCCGCGCAUUGCUGGAGAAGCAUUCGAUCGGCUCCAAGCCUGAACAAAGCGAAGAACAAGCCCUGCCCUCGCAACUACCCGAGCCCUUAACCGAGUACGACUUGACCAUCGAGGAGCUCGCAUCUACCGGCGACGGUCUCGCUGUCAUCCCUGGAACUUCUCAAAUUGCCGUCGUACCUUUCACUGCACCCGGCGACAAGGUCACGGUCAAGAUCAUCAAGCACCUGACAGAGACAAACUACACCUUGACCGACUUCGUCAAGGUCCUCGAACCCUCGACACAUCGCGAUGACUCCCUGCCAAAGUGUGGCUACUUCUCGAAAUGCUCUGGUUGCCAGUUCCAGUUCCUCCCUUACCAAUAUCAGCUCGAUCACAAGAAGAGUAUCGUCGAAAAGGCCUACAAAAACUUCUGCAACUUGCCCGCACACAUGAUCCCUGCUGUUGGCGACACCAUUGGAUCGCCUCUGGAAUAUGGAUACCGCACAAAGCUCACUCCUCACUUCGACGGUCCUCCUGGUGGUAGAAGAGACAGACGUCAAGGUGUCAAGGCUGUUUUCGCAGAAGUCCCUCCGAUUGGUUUCAUGCUCAAGGGUACUCGCAAGACCAUGGACAUUGAGGACUGCCCCAUCGGUACAGAUGCUGUGCGCAUGGGUAUGAAGAGCGAGAGAGAGAGAGUCAAGGUCGAGCUGGAUAAGUACCAACGUGGUGCCACCCUGCUGCUUCGCGAAAGCACAAAACGGAUCAACAAGAAGGACCUCCCGCAAGACCAGCAAACGAAUGGCGGUGCCGCCGAGGAACAGCUCGUCGAGGAUCGGGGUGAUUACAUCCACCGCAAGACCUGCGUUACCGACCAGAACGCCGUGUCCACCGAAUACGUGGAUGACUUCCGCUUCGACAACCCUGCCGGUUCUUUCUUCCAGAACAAUAACUCUAUCCUCCCCUCCUUCACAAAGUACAUCCGCGACAACAUCCUCCCCAAGGACCAACCAGCAGAUGCACCCAAGAUCACAAACCUCAUCGAUGCCUAUUCUGGCAGCGGUCUCUUCACCGUCACCCUCUCUCCCCUCUUCAAGAACUCUAUCGGCAUCGACGUCGCUGACAAAUCCAUCAACUUCGCCUCUACGAACGCCAAACUCAACAACAUCCCCUCCACCUCUGCUCGCUUUCUCUGCGGUGACGCCAACAACAUCUUUGCUGAGAUCAAGUUCCCCGCUGCAGAAACUGCCGUCGUCAUUGAUCCUUCAAGAAAGGGCUGUGACGAGAACUUCCUUGGCCAAUUGCUGCAAUUCGGCCCUGAGAGAGUCUGUUAUGUUAGUUGUAAUGUGCAUACUCAGGCUAGGGAUGUAGCUGUCUUGGUUGGAGGUCUCGCCGGCGUUAACGACGGAAAGGGGCUGUAUGAGAUUGAGAGUCUAAGAGGUUUCGACUUCUUCCCUCAGACUGGUCAUGUCGAGGGUGUGGCUUUCUUGAGAAAGAAGAAGGCCGAGUAG